AUGCACAUCCCAAGCAUUCUCGCAGCACUCGUCCUCGUGCACGAUGUCCACAGCACGCCCACCCCAGCCAAUGACUUCGAGCUCUCCAAACGGCAAUUUUCCCAAGCAGCCAUGAUGCGUUUCGAAUGUUCCCAACUCGUGAUCGAGCGGAUCAACCCUCUCGUGCAACCAGGUCAAUCACCCUCUACACACACGCAUCAGAUCGCCGGCGGCAACUCAUUCAACUCAGCCAUGGAACCCGUGGCUUAUGACCCAGCUGCAAAAUCCAGCUGUACGAGUUGUACGUUCAGUGAGGACUUUAGUAAUUAUUGGACAGCGAAUCUGUAUUUCAAGGCGAGGAAUGGAACGUUCAAGAGGGUGCCGCAGAUGACGAAUCUGGGAUUGAAGGGGAAGAAUGGGGGGUUGACGGUUUAUUAUAUCCCGCCGUAUGAUGGGAAGACGAAGGUUACUGCUUUCAAACCUGGGUUCCGAAUGAUCGUCGGCGACCCAAUGUUGCGGUCCAAGGCAACGAUGCAGAAACAGCUCUGCCACAGAUGCUUCAGCAACAAGCAACAGGAUCCAUUUGGAGGGGCACCAUGUACGGGAAACGACACCGCGACAUUACCGAACAAGAUGUGUGGUGGUGGCAUUCGUGCUCAGAUCACUUUUCCAACAUGCUGGGACGGAAAGGACAUCGACAGUCCAGACCAUAAAGCCCACGUUGCAUACCCCAGUUCUGGAUCUUUCGAGUCCACAGGCCCAUGUCCAUCCUCUCACCCCGUGAGACUACCGCAGGUCAUGUACGAAGUUAUGUGGGACACAACUCCUUUCAAUGACCCCAAACUGUGGCCAGUCGAUGGUUCAAACCCAUUCGUGUACUCUAUGGGUGAUCCUACUGGCUAUGGCUGGCAUGGCGAUUACCUCUUUGGAUGGAAAGGUGAUGUGCUUCAGAAAGCUCUCGAUGCUAGAUGUACCGGCGAUAGAUGUUCGGCGCUAAAGACGCAGACUGCAGAACAGGCGAAUGCUUGUAUGAAGGGGCAGGAGGCUAAGGAGCCUGUGGACGGAUGGCUCACGUCCUUACCUGGCAAUUUACCUAUUACUUACGGGUGA